AUGUCAAGAAAUACUCAGUUCUGGGGCCCACCACCUACCUAUGAGGCAAGCUCGAGUCAGGGUGAUCCCCCACCAUACCAUAACUGGCAAGAGGCGGUACCAGAUACAUCGACCUUUCCGCCACCUCCAAUUUCCGGCUACUACAGUUCAGGAACAGGGAAUGCCAACAUCGAUGACGCAGACCGAGCUCACCGGUUUUGUGAUCAGACCCCACUCUGGAUCCCCAGUAACCCGUCCGAUGCCGUCUACAGUGCUGUGCAGUAUCAUGAUCUACGACCAGUUCGACAAAGAGAGUACAUGGGUGACCUCACAGUCACUGGUCCAGGUAGAUGGUGGGGUCGCACAGUCGAUUCCAACGGCGACUGUCUAGUCCUAAGUCAUCUCCCACUCUACUUCGCCGCAGUGGAUUCCCCAUUCACGCGCCAAACACACAAAACCAUCUACUUUGAAGUGAAACUGACCGCAUUACGGGCUGGACCGGGGACCGGGAAUGCAGAUGCCAGUGGAUUCUCGAUCGGGUUUGCGGCUCAGCCUUAUCCGUCCUGGCGAUCUCCCGGAUGGGAGCGGGGAAGUGUAGGGGAUGAUGGAUGCCGAUUUGUGAAUGACUCGUGGGGAGGGCGGGACUUCACGGCUCCGAUCCAAGUGGGUGAGACUGUUGGGCUCGGCAUGGUGUUUUCCAUUCCUGAGAUUAGUGGGACGGAGGGAGGCAAGAAAGGGAAAAGUCCAUGCAGGGUGCAGGUCUUUUUCACCCGGAAUGGGCAACGCGCUGGUGAGUGGGACUUGCACGAGGAGGUGGAUGAAGACUCCGGCAGCAUUCAGGGCUUAGAAGGGGACUUUGACCUGUAUGGGGCCAUCGGGCUGUUUGGUGGCGUCGAUUUUGAGUCCUGUUUUAACCCUGCAGGUUGGCUUUGGCAGCCCACUGUGUAG